AUGGCCAACCACAUAUAUUAUGAACUCCCAGCGGAUCCUAUAGAAACUACUCCUAGGCCUCUUACUUCAUCACAACCACCUUCAUUGCCUCCCCGAAGUUCUUCGGCUUCAUCACCUGACGAUAAUGCGACGAUUCGAGGUGUUCCUGGAGAUGACCCAUCUGCUAUACCUCUACCACUCUUUACACGUCGAUCAAAUUCGAAUCUCUUGAAUCAAACUUCAGCAAACUCUACCCACAAUACCACAUCAACACCUUCUCCGAAUAGACCUCCUAUACCCACUGUUGAAUCAUACGAAACCAGCUCUUCCGAGAACCCAUCACCUCUCCCGCGUGACAGAUCAGAUUCCAGUAUCCAUACCGGUCCAGCUCUUCCACCCCGAAGAAUCUCUCAACACAACCCAAAUGAAGUUUACUAUACCCGAGAAUCUCAUAGAGUGGUCGCAUAUCUUAUACCUCUCCCUAAACCAAUCGAUGUUUCUGAUGCAGAAUUUCCUCAGCGCUACCUAGUAUAUACACCACCAGCUGCUCAUCUUCUUAAACCAGCUGAAGGCAUUAAAGAAGGUAAACGACAUAAGGGAAAACGAGUCUGGCAGCGUGAGGUCAAGAAAGCCAAGACUUAUGAUGGUAAAACUAUGAGUCUCAAAGGACUUCAUAGCAAAACCACCAGAGGAGUAGUCUGGGGAAUCAAUUCCAUCAAAAAUACAGACAUUACGUUUCUCAACCGAGUGCCAAGAAAAGAAAUCGAAGAACUCCAUCUGAUAUACCCACCCACCAUACCUUAUUCACCUAUCGACCUCCGUAACCAAUUCCUUUCCCAACUAACCCGCACUAAAGCCCGUGCUAAAAAACAUGCUGCGAUCUCUACUCUUCUCCUCCUCCCCACCCUUUUAAUCGAUACAUUCGCCGCCGUCAUCUGGCCUUUCGGUGGUCUUUUCGAAGUAGACGCCGUAUGGACUUUCACCUCCGUUCGCGGCUAUCUCGUCUCUCGCUCCGUAACCAAAAGAUUAUCCUCCCAGGACACAAUUCAUGAUCACGAACAAAUGCGCAUCCAAGAUCGAGAAUUGUACCUCCGCUUUCAUAAAUCUGAACAAUUAAGAAUCUUAGAGAGAUAUGUCAAAGAAUUAUGUCAUAAGCAGAAUCCGAAGAAAUUUGCAAGUGCGGGGGUGCCACCGACAGAAACGGAGGUUUUGAAAGCGAUGGGAUGGGAACCGGAUAUGAGAGGGAGGGUUAAGAGUGGAGAGAGAGGAGGGAUGCCAGAGGGCGGGAUGAGGGACUGGGAUGAUGAGAGGUGGCAGGAACGAGAAGCGAAGGAUGAUUUACUUGGGGUUCUGGGGAAGGGCGCAAAGAGUUGGGAUAAAUGGUGUAAGAAGUGGGAGAAAAAUCCAAAGAAGGCGGAGAAGAAGUGA